AUGGAGCAAAGGCAGUCAGCACAGCUCGGUACGGCAAGGCAACAAUGCGACCAGCGUGGAUACAGCACGGAGCGGACUGUAAAUUUGACACACCACCAGAGAGCACACACAGGAGAGAAACCCUUCAAGUGCACUGUGUGUGGGAAGGCAUUUGCAUGUCCAUCUGCUCUUCAGACCCACCAGAGAGCACACACAGGAGAGAAACCCUUCAAGUGCAGUGUGUGUGGGAAGACGUUUGCACAUUCAUCAAAUCUUCAUGUACACCAGAGAACACACACGGGAGAGAAACCCUUCAAGUGCAGUGUGUGUGGAAAGGCAUUUUCACUGUCAUCUUCUCUUAUAAAACACCAGAGAACACACACGGGAGAGAAACCCUUCAAGUGCAGUGUGUGUGGGAAGGCAUUUUCACGGUCAUUUUCUCUUAAAAAACACCAGAGAACACACACAGGAGAGAAACCCUUCAAGUGCACUGUGUGUGGGAAGGCAUUUACACAGUCAUCAAAUCUUAAACACCAGAGAACCCACACGGGAGAGAAACCCUUCAAGUGCAGUGUGUGUGGGAAGGCAUUUUCACGGUCAUCUUCUCUUAUAAAACACCAGAGAACACACACGGGAGAGAAACCCUUCAAGUGCAGUGUGUGUGGGAAGGCGUUUGCACAAUCACCACAUCUUCAAGCACACCAGAGAACCCACACGGGAGAGAAACCCUUCAAGUGUACUGUGUGUGGGAAGGCAUUUUCACGGUCAUCUUCUCUUAUAAAACACCAGAGAACACACACGGGAGAGAAACCCUUCAGGUGCACUCCGUGCGGGAAGGCGUUUACACAGUCAGAACAUCUUCAUCACCAGAGAACUCACGCAGGAGAGAAACCCUUCAAGUGCAGUGUGUGUGGGAAGGCAUUUUCACGGUCAUAUUAUCUUAAAAGACACCAGAGAGCACACACGGGAGAGAAACCCUUCAAGUGUAGUGUGUGUGGGGUGGCAUUUUCACAGUCAAAUAAUCUUAAAAGAUACCAGAGAACACACACAGGAGAGAAACCUUUCAAGUGUACUCUGUGCGGGAAGGCAUUUGCACAGUCAUCUUCUCUUAAAAAACACCAGAGAAUACACACGGGAGAGAAACCCUUCAAGUGCAGUGUGUGUGGGAAGGCACUUUCACGGUCAUCUGUUCUUAAAAGACACCAGAGAACACACACAGGA